AUGUUAGUUUUCAAGUUUUUUGGCCUCCUCGCGAUUUCUUCUGCUUCGAAGCCAGUGAGAAAGCAGAACGGAGUAUGGAAGGAAUUCCUCGAUUUCGACGAGUGUGAGAGAGAAGGAUUGACCAGCGAUUAUGGCGAAUUGGAGUUCAUUUCCUGCGGUGAAUAUGAACCCGGGAAAGAAGGAUGCAACUUGCAUAUUGAAUGCAACGAUGAAAAUUUAAGAGGAAACAAGCAAUGGCUCUUGGAAAAAGUCAGAUGCCGCCAAUUCGAAUUCACGAAACGCGGCCGAGCUGGACAAAUUCGCCGCGCCAACUUCUUCGUUUUCGAGAAAUCGCCCUCUGUCCGCGUCAACCGACUUCUCCGGCCAAAACGAACAAAUCUCUGUGUAUAA